AUGAGUUGUCAAAUAUUGAGUCUUAUUUAUACAAAGUGGGUUGACUCACUUAGUCCCUAUUAAUAUCGAGCAUCAUUAUAUAUGGUUGAUUCAACUCACUUCCUAACUCACCAAGGGUGCUGAGGCUUUCUUAUUGAUGGUGAGUGACGUGACUCAGUCGUUGUAUAUUAAAUCACGCAAAUAUAAAAUUUAUAAAACUAGAAAAUAUGAAUUUUUGGAUAUUUAGAAGUAUUUCUGAACAAAUAUAUGAAUUAUAAUUCAAUAAAACUUUCAAAAAUAGCGGUAAUUUUCCAAGUCGAUCACAGGGAUGUAAUAUAAUAUCUGGUAAUUAUUCAGAAUUUUCCUCAGAGAAUACUAUUUUAUAUGAAUUUUAUACUAAGAAAUGAAAAGGAAAUAUAUUUAAAAGGGAAAUAAGGGUGUGGACGUCAAGAUGACGUCAGCGCCCGGCGAACGCGAAUCGGGCAGAAACAGAGUUCCGCCUAACGAUUCUUUCAUAAGUGAUUACAGAUGAUUUAAUUAAUCAAAUUAAGAUCUGUAAAAGCUGGAAGAAUCGUAAUUAAAUAAAGUAUAUUUUGGUAAAUUAAAACACAAAAAUUAAUCACUAAAUGAAGCGUAAAGUAAGUUUGAAAGCAAGAAAACAGAGUUCCGACGUCGCGACAACGAUGCGUUGGCGAUGCACUAGAAUCUUGAGCGUUCAGGAGGAUCGUCGUGCAGUGUCCACGGCCUCGAAGGCUCUCUUUGGACAAAGACGACGUGGGCAAUCUCUAGAUCUUCUCGCAAAGUCUAGAAAUUAAUGAAAUGGGUCGUCGAGUCGUCUCCGGCAGCUGUCACCCAGCGGAGCGGAAAAACGGCGACUUUGCGGCUCUCCGGCGGCUGUCACCCGACGGAGAGGAGCUGGAUGGAGGUGGGGCGCGUGUCAGGGAGCUUCAUGCUCAAGUCUGCGCAACAAGAGGAGUCUCUUCAUCGUAUCUGGUAUGCUCUCAGGAGGUGGCGACUCGUCUCUCGGCGGAUCGUCCUCUUCCUGACAACGGCUUGUUCGUCGAUCAAUUGGAGAUGAUUUACUCGAUGGAUUCGCGAUCCUUUUAUCGCGAAUCGUUCAGCAAUUUUAGUAGCAAUGCUCCGCGAAUCGCGUUGACGAGAUUUUCACCGAUGAUCCAGCGAUUCUCGUUGCUUAAUCCUUCACCGGCGAUCUGUAGGAAAGUCACGAUAAUCAGAUAAAAAUAUAUGACUUUUGACUCUAGAAGGACUCGAACCCGCGCCGGUCGCCCGCCUCUUCUGAGGAAGGUGUGACGCGGGUUUAGUCCCACAUCGGUUGUGUGCCAAUUUUUUGGGCGAAUAUAUAGUAAUGUUAGCUUUCUAAGCAAAAUUCCUUCUCUCACGUGUACGACCACUCCUUGCCCCACAGCCGGCUGGCCACCGGUGACGUGGAAGGGGGGUGACGCACACGUGCCCCUAUCGGUCUAA